CAGUCUUCCCUUGAAACGUGGGGCUCCCAUUUACUGCAUGGGCUGUGCCUUUACCCACCGCCUGUUGUCAAAGGUUGACGAUCAUCCAGUGUUUCCCUUUGGAAUCUUCUUGUCUUGGCUAUGGAGACAGCAGUGCUCAACGCGACCAGCGAGACCCAGCACACAACCCACUCCGCGUUCACCCAGACGGAGCACAACAUUGUGGCAGCCUACCUGAUCACUGCGGGGGUCAUCAGCUUGGCCAGCAACAUUGUCGUCCUGCUAAUGUUUGUCAAGUUCAGGGAGCUCCGCAAUGCCACCAAUGCCAUCAUCAUCAACCUGGCCUUCACCGACAUCGGCGUCGCCGGCAUCGGAUACCCCAUGUCAGCGGCCUCCGACCUCCAUGGCAGCUGGAAGUUCGGCUACACCGGAUGCCAGAUAUAUGCAGCGCUGAACAUCUUCUUUGGAAUGGCGAGUAUUGGAUUGCUGACAGUGGUGGCCAUUGACCGUUAUCUGUCCAUCUGCAGACCUGACAUAGGGCAGAAGAUGACCACGCGGUCCUACACGAUGCUGAUUCUGACUGCAUGGGUCAACGCUCUGUUCUGGUCCUCCAUGCCUGUGGUGGGCUGGGCCAGCUAUGCCCCCGACCCAACCGGAGCCACCUGCACCAUCAACUGGAGGAACAACGACGCGUCGUUCAUCUCCUUCACCAUGUCGGUGAUAGCCGUCAACUUCGUCAUCCCCCUAUCCGUUAUGUUCUACUGCUACUACAACGUGUCCGUGACCAUGCGGAGGUACAAGGCCAGCAACUGCCUGGACAACAUCAACAUGGACUGGUCAGACCAGAUGGACGUCACCAAGAUGUCGGUGGUGAUGAUCGUGAUGUUCCUGGUGGCCUGGUCGCCAUACUCCAUUGUGUGCCUCUGGGCCUCCUUCGGCGACCCCAAAAAGAUCUCGGCCCCCAUGGCCAUCAUCGCGCCCCUCUUUGCCAAGUCCUCCACCUUCUACAACCCCUGCAUAUACGUCAUUGCCAACAAGAAGUUCAGGAGAGCCAUCACCGGAAUGCUGAGGUGCCAGACCAGACAGCGGAUCACCAUCAACAACCAGGUUCCCAUGACCGUUUCCCAGCUGCCUCUUACACAGUGACAGUGACGAAAACGUUCCACGAAAAGACCACUGUUUGUACCUCCACUGUUGAAAUCAAAGGGCGGUAUUCUAUUUUACAUAAUAACAACUAUAGCAUCUGACUGCACUGCUGACUUAAAGGACACAAAACAACCUCAGAAAAUACUGUACAUUGUUCUUCAUUAUGUCAGUUCUAAUAAGUGACAUCAUAU